AUGAAUUUGGUGGUAUUCCUUCAAAAUCAUGUGAAUUUGUUUAGUUCUGUGCGCAUUUUUGCACAUUAGAGGGUUUAUGCUUUAGGUAUUAUGAAGAGUGGUGUAUAACAUAUACGGUGUUUUGUAAAGAAUACGAAUUUUUUUCAUUUUAAGUAAUUGGUUCUUGAGUAUAUGUGAUUUGUUUUAUUUUUGUGACUUAGGCCUAGUUGACCACGUAAAAGAUAAAAUAUUGUGUCUCUUAGUGAUAUAUAAGGUUAGAUUUAUUAGGUACUCCAUGCUAAUGAAGCUGCUUCAAAAAAACGCAACAGAGACAUUUGCUGAAGUGUUUGACGUCGUGACCUAACCUUGACUGUUUCGCAAUGGCUGAUAACUUUUUUGGUUUCGAUACGGAAUUUCCAUCAGGAACAAAUGUACUUGGGAGACAAGUAGUUCAAGAUGUAUUGCUUACUGGGGAUGUUGAGGAAGAAUAUGAUGCAUUAAAUGAUGAAACAUUUGGCCAGGCUGCAAAUGAUGACUGGGAAGAAGCUCAUGAAAAGUUAUCUGAAUUAAUAAAAAAGAAUAAAUUAGUACCACAUUCAGUUUUUAAUGACACUCUUCUUGAAAAUGAUGAAAGUCAAGAUGAAAUUGUUUCAAAAAGCAUAUCUCAGUUGGGCUUGGAAGAUGACUUAGAUGAUCCUGCUAUCAUGACAGUUGCUCGGAAUUGCCAUUUAUCGUCCCGUCUAGGCUCAGUUUUUGGUCCUUCUCCUCCUCCCCCUGCUAUUUUAGAGACAGAAAUUUGUGGCUCUCCGAAAACUCGUUCUAUAUGGAGCACAACACCUAAAGAUAGUGGAAUUUCAUCAAUUUUGCAGUCACUUAGUAGUUCUAGUAGCCUUUCUCAUUUGGAUUCAUCCACAGCACUGAAUUCAAGCAGUGAUAGUGUUUUUUCUAUUCCCUGUAAAGCAUGGCGAGCAGAAGAGUUGGAAAGGAAUUUAUUAGCAUCUUCAAAUCCAGAGCGUGUUCAAGCACCUCCUGGCAGUAAAUGGCCUCAAGUCUCUCAGUUAAAUAGUGUUAAUCAUCAGAACUUUACCAAUCAUGUUGUAACAUCGUCACAGUUUCCUACUUUGAACCAGAACCAAAACAAAAGUAAUAAAGAUAGAAUGUUGACGAGGGAGGAAGUUGAGAGGCAUAUGCAUUCUGAUCGAAGGCUUAAUUUCCCUCCAAACGUGUUUAAUCAUCUUGGACUUAAUUCACCUCUAAUGCGGCCAAAUAUGAUGUCUCCUAUAGGAACUGCUAAUAGUAAUGGUUUAGGUGGAGUUUCAGAUUCUCAUCUUAGAUCUUUGAAAAGGCCAAUGCUUGAGAAUGUUAAAGUUGACGCACCAUUCCUGCAGUAUCCAAUUCCCAGAAUGGGUCAACUGCCAUUAAGGGGUCCUCCAUUGCCAAAUCUAUCACCGAGAUUUACUCCUCCAAAUGUAAAUUUAACUGCAACGACGCUUCAUAAUUUUCCAAGAGCUGUUCCACAUCCUCUCAUGUAUAAAUAUCCUGCCGUUGUAAAUGGAAGAUAUCCUAAUAAUGUAAGAUUAUUACCAUGGCAAGAUGAUGAGAGCCAGCAUAUCAUUGCAUCGUAUAAUAAAUACGGUGAUGGUUCUCAUGCUGUUGAUAAUCAAACGGAAGAUGAAUAUGCUGGAUUGAUGACUCAAAAAGAGAAAGAAUGGCUUGUGAAAAUCCAAAUGUUACUCUUAAAAUUUGAAAAUCCUUAUGUAGAAGAUUAUUAUUACACUACACAGUUAACAAGGAAGUGUAAGAAAAAAUAUUCUGAAACUGCAACAAAAGGUGGGGGUGAUGCUCCAGAACUCAUUCUGCCUGAAACAACUAAGCAUGAAAGCAAAACAUAUGUUCCCACUCAAUUUGAGGGAUCUUUGGGAAAGCUCCAGGCUGUUAGUGUGAACUUUCCGAGAAGAGUAUUGGAUAUAAAAGUUGCUCGUCCUCUGGAAGAUGAUGAAGGGAGAGUCGUUACCAAUCAGAGUCUUAUGAGGUAUCGACGCCUGUUGUUGGACAUUGAAAAGCUUUAUAGCCAUCUUUUGGACAUUGAAGAUGAAGAAAGGAGAAUCCUUGCUAAACCAGAUAAUGAGAGCGAACCACAUAGGAAGACCAUAGAAAAAUUAACCAAAAACAUAUUUAAUGGCUUAUUUUGUGAUAACUCUACAGGUGAUAGUUUUUCAAGCAUUGCUAUGAUACGUAAAGGUCGAUCCUUAAUCAUGAGAGCUUUUAAAAUAUUUAACAAGGAACAACAACUUCAUUGUUUGAUUGCCCUGUUUCGAUAUUUGCCACUGGUUUUAAAGAAAGAUCAGAAUGAUCAUGUAUUAGAACAGCACUGCAAAAUGAUAUGUGAUACUAUCCAAGAACUAUCAAUAUCAGAUAUGGUACUUAUUGGUGAAGCCUUAAAAAAUGGUGCAUCCUCAGAACCACCUUCUGGUAGUGGUAAAGAGAAGAGCAAUUUUAUAACUGCAUUAAAAAAUAAGUUUGGGUCAUCUGUGAUUUGCAGCUUGUUAUUGAGAGCAGAAAAUUUGUAUUCAGGAUUUGAACUAUUUGAAACAGAUAUUGAAGCCAGAUGGGCAAAAGUUGUGAUACAUUUAGUGGACUGCCUUUGCAGUGUUACAGAUUCUUCAUUAUCACCUCCAGAAACUCCGUGCAGUGGUUUGAUAGUGCAUUUUCAGAGGUUUGCUGUAGACAGAGAUAAAUUUGAAGUACUUAAAGAAAAAUUAGCAGUUUUCGAGGGAGAUUUAAAAAAUGACGCAGAAUUGGACUCAGGUGUUUGAUAAAAUAGUGUAUAGAUCACAAAGAGUGAACAUUUAGAAUACUUUGCAAUCAGACAAGGGAACUGUAGAAGCCACUUAUUUUCAAAGUGUUUUCUUUAGUCUGAUUGAACAAAUCGCUGUGAUUCUUUUGCCUCAUAUUUCUUGCACCUAUUGUUACAUUAAUGUAAAAUACCAGUCAUUCAUGAAGGUUUUUUUAAUUGUGAAACUGCUGCUGUAAGAUGUACACCUUUGAUUAAAUUUGUUGAAUGUUAGUAAAAUUGUAAUUUUCAGGUGUAAAAAAUAUAAGCUAUUAAUAAAUUAAAUGCUGUAAAGUAUUCUCACUUAAAGCAUCAAGUGUUAUACAAUUUUGUAUUGAAAUAUUGUUAUAUUUUGUGUAUUUUUGCAUUGUAAACACUAAUUUUAAAGGUGUACUCUUGCUAAAACUGCCAUACACAAAUGUCAAACUAUAAGCAUGUUACCCAUGAAGGUGAUUUUAAAAAUUGUGUUAACACUUAUUUAGCCAUAUUUGUGGGUCUCAUGCUUCAGUAAAUGUGCAUGAAAUAUUUUCACUCUGCCAAAGAAACUAAGUAUGUGAAAAAUAACCUGUCUUUCAUAAAUAAGAAAUAAUCUAUACUUCCGUAUUGCCAUGUUAUUUUGCUAAUGAUUUAAAGUAAUUUUGGCAGAAAAUAAUUUGUUUCCUUAAUAAGUUAUCACCUUUGCAACAAGAUGCUGCAAGGAAAAAUUAAUUUAUGCUGAAUGCAUGUCUAGUGCAUAUAAUAAAUUAAAAUUAAAUUGUGAGUUUUGAUGCUGCAAUGAAAAAAUAAGAUAAAUUUCAUUUGUUUACUUAUAACUUUAUAAAGAAAGAUUUAAAAAUAUGUUCUAAAUGUUAUCUUUCUAUUAGAGCUUUUACAUCUUUUAUUUCCAGUAAAUAAAAAAUUCAAGUGUUGCCAGUCAUAGUUAAGAAUUUGCUAAUAUUUCCAACAUGUUCAGUUUUAUUAGCAUUGUAUUUUCUUGUUUGUUGCUGGUGUGUGCAACAUAUAAUUAUUUUAACCUAAUUUAGUGCUUACCAUUUGUUUCAUACCUUUGAUAGAUAUUUAGUUUUUUUUUUUUUUUUAAUUUUAUUUUUACGAGAAAAAUGUAAAUUUGUUUUGAAUUUGACUUAGAUUCUUUAAUCUUUUCCUGUGAGUUAAAAAACAACAACAAAGUUUUCCUAUUCUAAAGCAGUUGGGCAAAAUAAAUGAAAAAGAAUGCCUUACAUAAUUUGCCUGUAGAAAAGAUAAAUAAGAAAGAAUUUAAAAAAAAAGCUUUUAUAGCAAAUGACAAUUUUGUGUUAUGUUUAUUAGUAAUUAUUUUCUGAAAGAUAAUGCAUGCUCUAAAGUAUAUAAAUUUUUUAGUUGAAAUUACUGCUACUUGGCAGAUUGGUUCUUUCUUUAUGCAAAACAAAUUUUUGUUGAUAAUUGUUUUUGUAAUAUAUGUUGAAUUUUUUCAUGAAAUUAUUAUUCAAUAUCAGCUUAUGUACAAACUAGUUUGCUUUAAAUAUUGUGUUAGCAAAAAAAAAAAAUUUUUUUUCAAGAAUUGUAACAAAAAUGAACUAGAUCAGUUUUAUUUUAACUAAAUAAAUUUUUUAUUUCUAUUUA